GAAUAUGUGAUUUUAAUAACCUUCAUAAACGCGCUAAGUUGCUGGUUUGAAAAAUAUCAAUUAAUAUUUCUGUAUUCUCACAUAGAACACAACAAUUGGAAAAAGAAUUAAAGAAUUUUACAUAAAUAUACAGGAAACAUACCAAACAGUACACAACACAAAAAAAACCUGUCAUGGCCAUGGGAGCACGUGGCGGUGACAGUAAAGAGCGAUUUAUCUCCCCUUCCCGGAAGUUUACAUUGAAUGUUGACAUGUGUUAUGAGGAGAAAAUGGGGUGCAAAAAAAAACUUUUUGGGUUCGACUAACAAGUCCUUGAUAAGUAAUUAUGUGAAGAUUCUUAACAUAUACUUACUUUCCUUUAUUACACACAGAUGGAUUCGUCAUACAUCGCAUGCAAAUUCGUCUGCAUCCUGAUUGUUUACGCGGUAUUUUUGAGAAGCUUUUUCCCUAUACGAAAUGGCUUACCGGGAUUUUCUGUGCAAUCCGAUUUUUCAAUCGGGCUUUUCAGCAAAAAUGCUACUCUCGAUUCAAAGACUGAGUCUUCUUUUAACCCUCCAGUGUUUGAGAAAAUGGUGUUUGUCUUGAUCGAUGCUUUGAGGGCCGACUUUGUCCUCGGCAAACAAUCUCCAAUGACCAACUUGCAGGAUUUGUGGACGAAAGGGAAAGUGAUCAGGUACAUCGCCAAGGUCCACCCUCCCACGGUCACCUUACCAAGGAUCAAGGCUUUGACUACUGGCAGUAUUCCUGGGUUUGUGGAUGUGGUGCUGAACUUUGGCUCCUCAGAACUACAUGAGGACAAUAUCAUUGACCAGAUGAAGAGAGCGAAGAAGAGGGUGAAGUUUUAUGGAGAUGACACCUGGAUCAGAUUGUUUCCCCACCAAUUUGUAGAGUCGGAUGGUACCACAUCAUUUAUUGUAACUGAUUAUACAGAGGUGGAUAACAAUGUCACUCGACAUGUGUCACCGACCCUCAGAACUGGACAGUUUGAUGUCCUGAUACUUCACUAUCUCGGACUUGACCACAUUGGUCACAUGGCGGGUCCUACCAGCCCGUUGGUUCCACCCAAACUUCGGGAGAUGGACUCUAUCAUCAGGGAUAUAUACCAGCUUGUGGAACAGGACACAGAGAUGGACACCCUUAUAGUUGUAUGUGGGGACCACGGAAUGAGUGACCAGGGGGGUCACGGAGGUGCCACGCCCAGCGAGACCAGGGUUCCACUUCUCCUUAUCAGCCCCAGGUUUACCCUUCACAGAGAGGAGAAAACCAUUGAAGUUGAUCAGGUUGACGUGACUCCGACUCUCUCAGUGCUGUUUGGUUUGCCGAUACCUAAGAACAAUCUCGGGGUGAUAAUUUACGAUGCUCUAGAUGGGUUCUGUACAGAGGAUAGGGUGAUGGCCCUGUGGAAGAACGCUCUACAGGUUUCAAGGGUUUUAGAGUACAACGAUGCCGACUGGAAAUUUGAUGAAGGAUAUUUGGAAUUCCAAAGACUGACAAAGGUCCAUCAUGAUUGGUUGAUGUCCAAAUCAAGUGGAGUGUCCCGUUCUGAUUGGCUGGCAGAGGGAGAUAAGAUCGGAAGACGGUACAUUGAGGCAAUCAAGACAAUGACUGAAAAUAUCUCUUCCUCUCUGACACAGUAUGACAUUUACAGCCUCAUAGUCGCCGUAGCAACACUUUGGCUAAUACUGACCACACUGGUGUUAGAGCUUCACCUAUCUCCAGCUGACCAAGGUCAAGACCAGACACAGACCAUUGUUUUGUAUAUCCCCGUCACCUUGACGAUAAUGUUUGGACACGUGAUGGUCUGUACCACCUUUUCCACUGGUCAGUUGUGUCGGACUGACCCUUCUGGACUUGUCCUGCAGGGCCUCAUCCUGGCUGUGGUGUGUGGGUCAGCAGCUGAACUAGUGGUCAAAUUCAUUCAAUUCUGGUCUCUUAGAAAAAGAAAGGUGCGGUCCUCUCAUUCCUUGGGUGUGUCCAGGCCCCUGGGUGUUGGGCUGACCCUGGGGACAAUCUGUCACACCCUGAGUCUUCUGUCCAGCAGUUAUGUGGAGGAAGAACAUCAGACGUGGUAUUUUUACACAGUGACGAUACACUUGGCUCUGGUUACGUUCACUCUCGGUACAUACAUAUCAAGUGUUCAUACUACAAACAUACAAUGUCCAGAGACAAAACAGUACCAGGCUUAUGACGAAGACAGAACAGAUCAGGGAGAAAUGAAACAUAUAGAUGGAGAGAUGGAACAAAAGAAGGAAGAAAAACAUUUUGAGCAGGUGAAAGGUUUCCCUGGCCGUACAGUGAUGGCGGCCAUUUUGAUUUUAGUCCUUUGUAGAGUGCUGAGGACGUGGAAUCAAACCGGGAAUAAAUGGCUGGAUCAACCAGACGUAGGGGACUGGCUUGUCAUGUUGUGUGAUUUUAUUCAAAUCCCCAGGCCAGAGAAUAAGUGUUUCCUUUCUGUGUUGAUGGGCGUUGCCCUCAGUGUGGUUGUCGUGGUGAAGUGGGCGGGGCAGUCCUGUGUACAGAGGGGCGUGUUUGUGGCGGGGCUGAUCUGUAUUUACUGGUACAGAGUUACUACAGGAGCUGUUGAUGAUCCUUUCCAGAUUCUUCCAACAGACAAAGGGACGAGGCCGGCCCAGCUGGUAUAUGUACUAGCAGGGGUGUGUAUACUGCAUCCUUUCAUCGUACAUGUCCUCAGAUGUUUACAAGGAGACAGAAAAACAAAACCCUAUGUGGCCAUUUCUUUCUGCGGAUCACUUCAGUCCGCCUGUAUCCUGCUUGCUUUAUUGCUCAGUAAACCACACAAUGUGGCUAUGUUUGUAAUGGUAGUCCUUCAAGAACAUCUGGCAGAUUGUACGUUACUGCGGCACAUUUCGCUGUCGACGCCGACAGUCACACUUUACUAUCUCUGGAUGGGCAUGGCGGCUUUCUUCUACCAGGGUAAUUCAAACAGUAUAUCAACUGUGGAUGUUUCUGCUGGUUACACUGGUCUGACCGACUACCAGCCAGUCCUCGUCGGCUUCCUCAUUGCUUUGUCAACGUACAGCGGCCCUGUGUUCUGGCUGGUCAGCCUGGUCAGACAUGUGACCUCAACACUGGACAUCCAUCAUAUUUAUUACCAUACCAGGUUGAAGGUGUUGAUCUUGGAAAUAUGUACAACUCUGUGUUGGACACGCGCCCUCCCCCUGGCUGUGUACUCGGCGUUAGUGACUCUACAGAGACACCAUUUGUUUGUGUGGACUGUAUUCUCACCCAAACUUCUGUAUGAGGGAGCCCUCACUCUCCUCAUGGCAGGGUUUUCUAUACUCUGUUUAACUUUAGUAAAAUUCAAAAUAUAACCUAAACACACCAAG